CUGUUCUCAGUUUGGAUGAAACCGCUCUAUUCAGACUUGUUGAUGGUUAUCGGGUUGUAAAAUCGUCAAAACGAUACGGAGGGGGCCAGACAGGCAAAGCAGACGGUCAAGAGAACUGUGAAAAGGAAACGGAGUUUCACCCCCUCCGACUGUAUAAUCUGACGAAGGAUUUUACGACAAAGCUGGAGGCAGAGAGUUUAGAAACUUUCCAGGUUGUUCUUAAUUUGUUGUUUUGCUAGUUUUAAGGGCACGUCGAGAGAAAACACGGACGCCGUCUGAGGGCGGGAAGGGGGAGUUUUCAGAGUUCUUUUCUCUUUAGAAUGAAGUUGGAAAUGCGAUCCCCAGGUUAUCAGUGGAGCUUUGCAAGAGGACAAUGUGUAUGAGAAUAUGCAAGAAUCACAGGAAGUCCCCAUGUCCAACCACCUUGACGAAGUCAUUGCUGCUGUCAGCGACACUGCUGAGAAGAGGAUCCCGAACAAGCUGCUCCAGACAGCGCUGUUCCAGCCCCCUCGAGAGAAACUCCACCUGUGCGAAGAGAAAGCAAAGUCCCACUUGAGCAACCACGAGUACAAACAGGCCAUCCAGGAGCUUGUGCGCUGUGUGGCAUUGACAAGAAUCUGCUACGGCAGCUCACACUGGAAACUAGCGGAGGCGUUUGUUAAUCUGGCUCAAGGCUACCUCCAGCUGAAAGGGAUGUCCCUACAAGCAAAGCAGCAUGUGGAAAAAGCUAAAGAAAUCCUGGCCAGCUCCAUGGAGAGUCCCUAUCACGACAAGACAGAUGUUUUCAAGUGUUCCAUAGAGCUUUUCUACACCAUGGGGAGAGCCAUGCUCGCCCUGCAAAAAUUUAAAGAAGCCGCGGAGAACUUGUUAAAAGCCGAAAGACUUUCCAAGGAGAUGCUGCAGUGUGGGAACAUGAUAAAGGAGGAGUGGGUAGAAAUCCAAGCACGGAUCAAGCUGUCGUUCGCACAGUUGUAUCAAGGUCAGAAAAGAUCAAAAGAAGCUUUGCCCUACUAUCAAAAGGCUUUGGAAUAUACUGAGACCAUCAAAGACGAAAACAGUCUCGAGUGUGUACCAGUGCUAAGGGAACUGGCAGGUGUGGAGCAAGCCCUGGGAUUCCACGAUGCCGCUGUCAAUCAUUUCUCACGGGCACAUCUCAUCGUCCUGAGUAAAAAUUUCUCCCCAGAGGAGGCUGCAGACUCUGCACACUUUGUUGCCCGGGCUGCUGUUGCUUCUGGGAGGCACGAGCACUAUGAUAUGGCCGAGCAGUAUUUCCAGGAAAGCAUGGGUCAUGUGAAGGAUUCCGAAGGAGCAGGAAGAGCCAAGUUCCUUUUGAUUCAAGACGAAUUUUGCAAUUUUCUGCAAAUCACUGGACAAAAAGAAAGAGCGACUAUGAUCCUGAGAGAGUCCCUGGAAGCCAAAGUCGGAGCAUUUGGUGACUUCAGCCCCGAGGUGGCAGAAACAUACCGGUUCCUGGGCAGGGCAGACCUGGCACAGGGAAACCACAGCGGAGCACACAUGAAGCUAAAGAAGGGAAUUAGGGGCCAGGGAGAAGACCCUUCAAUCACCAAAGAGUGUGUUCAGAUUGAGACGUUCUUGUAUGGAUCGCAGGACAAGAGGACCCUGGCCACGCAGCAGACCAUAGACACGCUGUCCAAGAUCUCUGAGGUUGCCAUGAAGCCGAGGCAAUCUCCGAAAGCCAAGGCAGCAUUCUGCACCAGCGUCCCUCAGUGCACCGUGCCAGGCAAGGCCAAGCACAGUGUGGCAGACUGAGCCCCCCAUGUGCCCCAAAGAAAGCUCCGAGAAAGACUUGGCAUUGCUUUUAGUAUGCUGAACAACUCUCUGUCCAACUAGAAGGUGAAAUUUAGCAGUCGCUGCAGGUUUUUAAGGCUGUUUGCAACAGCAGUACCCUUGACUUCCAUAUCUCAAGUGUGGACGCCCUUCUGGAUGACCUUUUGCUUUGGUUAUUUUUUGUCACUUUGAUAAUUUCUCUCACCAAAGAGAAUGUCCCCCAUCAUCUUUACCGUGUCGGAAAGACUCUUCUGAAGUUGGAGCUUUCUUGCAGGAAAGAGACUGCCCCUGAUUGCAGGUAGAGCCCCUGCGCAGUCCAGAGCCGCCGCUGGGGUAGCAAGACUGCACAAAGCCUUCCUUACAGGAAAGUAAUAGGGACCGAGAAGAAAAUGCCAAUAAAGAGAAACUUGUGCUAUGGUCAGUUUGUGUGUUUAAAAUGAAGACUGGAGUUGGCGAUGUGGCUUUAUGCCGGAGCGCUUGCCUGGGCUCCUCGAAGCCGGUUAUGGUUUGAAAGUGAAUUGCCCCUCAUAGACUUGUGUUUGAACGCUUGGCCCCCACUGCUCUUGAGGCAAGGGUCUAGUUGGAUGAAGUGGGUCAUUGGAGAUUGGCCUUGAGGUUUCUUAGCCUGAGUCCUACUUUCUAUGUACUCUCUGCUUCCUAACUGCAGACUCUGUGUCUCUGCCCGGUGCUUCUGCCACCUACUUUCCCCACCAUGGCGUGUAUGUAUUCAUGUAUGUAUUAUGUAUGUAAUAUAUUAUUAUGUAUUAUGUGUGUAUAUAUAUACACACACACAGAGGUACAUACACAUGCACACACACGCGCGCUCGCGACAAGCAUUCAUGCACGUGAACACACACAUGUGCACACAAUAUAUCCCUUCCAUCUAAAAGCCAAGAUAAACCCUUUUGCUUCCUGUUGAGGAAAAUGACGUGGAAGAUGGGCAUUUGAAGCAGCUCCACUGCUGUGGGAGGCCUGACUGUGGUUUUGGGUGUUUGGAAUUUGUUUGCAGGAAGAAUAUGGAAAGUUUAGAAAUAAGGGCAAGAGAGCCCAUGGCAUGGUGAACGCAGAUCUCAAUGGGCCACCCUGGUGGGAUUCCAGAAGACCAGGAUGCUAGGAUCCUGGCGAGAGAGGACAAUAAGGGCUCUGGAAGGACCUGGACUAAAGGCCUUCUGUUCCACAUUAUAACAAAGACUGUCUGCAUUCGGCCCGUGUUCCAAGAGCUCACAUGAGCCUAAAUUUACAGGUAAUAAACUAGUGUGUCUGGCGGAGGAAACCCUUAGGAAGGAGAGCAUUCCGGUGUGGUGUAGUCGCUGCUCACUGUCCUUAUCCAGAGAGAGCAACACGUGGAGCAGAAGACAUGAAAAAUGUGGCAAUUAGAGGGGAAAGAAUGAAUUCAAGCUAGAGAUAAGGUAGGUACAAAAGCAGCUUGGUUGUUAGAGGGAUUAGCUGCCCCUUUAAGGAGAAGUCUGGUGCUUUGCACUGGGACAAAGGCAAAUUGUCCUGAGAGCAGAACCCCAAUAAGGGCUCCAAUUCUGGAAAAUGAAAAUGUAUUUGAAAGGAGGUGAGUAAGCCUCCAUGGGGAAAUCAGAGGUCCCUUCUUGGAAAUUAAUAUCUGGGAACAGAGGCCUGGACAACUGUGGUCCAAGGGGCCAUACUACAUCUCAAGGCGGCAGCAGAACAUGACGGCUUUAUCCACAUGAUGCUGGUUAUAAAGAUGCAGAAUGUGAGUGGAAGUUUGUGUCAAGGUUCUGCAAGGCGCUGAGGCCACCGUGUGAAGCUGUGACAAUGAGGCCUAAGUUGUAACGGAGACCUCGGGAUGUUGGAGAUGCCAGAACCACACGUGAUGUCCACUGAAGGAAUCUGCAGUAGAUCCAUACUGUCCUGUGGGCUAUGAGUGCUUCAGA